AUGUCCUCCCUUCUAUUACCACUCAUGCUAGGCAUCUUUACUGCUGUCAUUACUAUAAAUCAACAUAAUGCUACCAAGCAACAGCGUAUCGAAGAUCACAAAGUCGCUGAACAGAACCGUCAAUUGGAGAGACAAAUAGCUGCUGAGCGAUAUCGAGACGAUAUUUUCGAUGCCUAUAUUAGAGAAAUUGGUCAAUUAUUGGAGAAAUAUAAAGGAUCACUCAUUUUAAAUCAAGUUCCAAUGAUACUUACUCGCGCUAAAACUCUCAAUAUCUUUCGUCGACUAGAUCCACAACGCAAUAUUCGCAUUAUUCGAUUCCUACACGAAUCUGAACAACUUAGUGGCAUAGGAGAACAGUGUUCACUGGAUCUUUCAACAGCGGAACUUCCUAAUAUUGAUUUUCGUCAAUUAGCAAUUCGUGGAAAACAAUUGUAUAAUAUAUCACUAGCUAAUUCAGGUAGUUUUUAUGAUGCUAAGAUGCCAUACACAAAAUUUGAACGAACUCGUUGUAUUGCAGCUCAUUUUGAUCGUGCCAAUUUAUCGGAGUCAACUUUCUAUCAAGUAAAUGCUAAAAAUGCUUUCUUCAAUAAUGCUGUUUUGACACAUGUGACGUUUUCACUUACUAAUUUGGAAAAGGCUGAUUUUAAUGGAACAGAAAUUACUUAUAGUCAACUGGAAAGGGCUCUCUCUAUUCGAGAUGCUCUAUUACCUAAUGGAACACGUGCUCAUGGUACGAACUUGGUCAACAAUGGCCAUGCUGAUUGCAAUAUUCCUCUUCAUCUCGCCUGGAUGCUAACACACGGUAACAUUACUACUAUGAAAACUGAUACAGACUUCAAUAAUUGUCAUUUUAUUGUACAAUCCAACGAUGUUGGAGCUACCGUAUUAGACGCGCAUAUGACGAGUGAAGUAUCUAUUGAAUUAAUUGGAAAGAAUCAAAAUGGAGCGAUCCUCAAUAAAACAAUUUUAGAUACAACAGAAAAUAACACCAUCAUGAGAUUGCAUGAAGAUAUGAAGGAACUUCAAGUUUUUAUCAAAUUCAGUGCAGAUCAAAAUAAAACUCAUAACAAGAACAAUUGGUGCGACGAUAUCAAACUGUUUAUCGAUUAUAACACAGCUGAAGUCGAAUCAUUGCGAGUACCAUUACAGUCAACUGACAUUCGUUCAAGUGCCAAAUGGGUACAGAAUGGUCUCACUGUGGCUGGAGGAAAUGGACGAGGCAAUAAAAACUUUCAUCUUAAUAAUCCAGUUGGCUUGUAUAUUGAUGAUGAUCAAACUCUCUAUAUUACUGAUCAAUCGAAUCAUCGUAUUGUACAAUGGAAAUGGAGUGCAACGAGUGGUGAAGUUCUUGUCGGAGGAAAUGGACAAGGAAAUGGCACUAAUCAGUUGUCCAAUCCAAGAAAUGUAAUUCUCGACAAAGAGAGAGAUAGUCUUAUUAUUUGUGAUUCGGGUAAUAGAAAAGUGAUUCGAUGGUCUCGUAGAAAUGAUGGAAUUAUUGAAACGAUCAUCUCCAAUAUUUCUUGUCAGGAUUUGGCAAUGGACGAAGAUGGAUCUCUCUAUGUCAUUGAUGGUGAAAGAAAUGAAGUGAGACGAUAUCAAAGAGAAGAGCCUCGAGAAACAGUCGUUGCAGGUAGAAAUGGAAAAGGAAAUGGGUCCAAUCAAUUCUCAAAUCCUAAAUAUCUGUUCGUCGAUCGAGAUCAUUCUGUAUACGUGUCGGACCAUGACAAUCAUCGUGUAUUGAAAUGGACGAAAGAUGCAAAAGAAGGCAUUGUUGUGGCUGGUAAUCAAACACAAGGAAAUAAUUAUACGCAACUGUCAAAACCUUACGGAAUCGUUGUCGAUCAAUUGGGUACUGUUUAUGUAGCAGAUGGAGGAAAUCAUCGAAUCAUACGUUGGUUCAGAGGAGCUACAGAAGGAAAUGUCAUUGUUGGUGGGAACGAUAUGGGGGGACAAUCGAACCAACUUCGAUUUCCUGUCGAUUUAUCAUUCGAUCGACAUGGUAAUCUCUAUGUUGUCGACAAUGAAAAUCAUCGAGUACAAAAGUUUAAUAUUGAGUCAAAUCCAUAG